CCACUCCUCUCACUGGCGGGCUUUUCUUCUGAACUGUUGGAGAAUGGCAGUGAACUUCACCUGCAGCUUUGCCGCACUUUGCUGGUUAGCAUUCUGGGGCUUCAUCAGGACCUCAGAUGAUACAUAUGUACCACCACCUAAUUCAACCAUGAAACCUGGCUUUCCUGUCCCAAUGAACACCGACAAUCCUGGUGUUCGCAAGGCAGCUCGCUUUGGGGUUUACAGAUACAACAACAGUUCCAAUGACCUCUUUCUGUUUAAGGAAUCACAAAUAAACAAAGCCAUGGUACAGAUUGUCAGAGGGCUGAAGUACAUGCUCCAUGUGGAAAUUGGACGCACCGUGUGUGAGAAGAAGGAGCACUCCAGCCUGGACAACUGUCACUUCCAGAGGGAAAAAAAACUGCAACAGAUGCUGAAAUGCUAUUUUGAGGUCUGGAUAACACCUUGGUUACAUAAAGCAUAUGUCCCCACUGCUGCCUGUCACUGACUCACCUUUCUCCAUGAGAGCCUGACUAACAGUGGAUCUACCACCAUGAGCUUUUCCUUGCCUGUUGAGUCCGAAACUGGAGUAGGAAACAGCUGUACAGAAUCGCUACAGAGCUCUUCUCUCAAAGCACAUGGUUGUUUUUCUCCCUUAGAAAGAUGCUCAAAAAUCUGAGUGACAAAGACCUGCCUCGACUGAAUUUAUUGCUAUCCAGUUGUGUAUCUGUUUUUCCAAAACUAAACUGCAGAUGACACCAUGUUGCCAUUCAUUCCGUAGAGAGCCAACCACCCUCUGGCUGAAUUUCCAAGCAGUGUGAACACACCCAGGAAGCUCUGUUGGACUUGCUUUAUUCUGUGAUGAAUCUUUAUACAGCUAUGAUGUAAACAAGGCUAAACCACAGCACAUGUGAUUGCUAAGGAAAGCUUUACAACAGUGGGAUAUUUUGCCUGGGGACACAUACACACACACACAGAGACACACACACACAAAGUCUUAGGAGUUUCCAGUCUUAGAGAAAAGGUUAGACAUAUCUGUCAGGAAUGUAUGAGGUAGUGUUGUUUUUUCAAGAUGAGAGUAUGGAUAAGGCUGUUUUGAAACACACCCACAGCCCUGAAAUUAUACAGUCUAACUAGUGCUUCUACUUUGAUCAAAACCUAAUCUAUACUAUGAAAGGCAAUGAUUGCAAAUGCCAAGAUGAAUAAACCCAAUCAUAUUCCCAAAGCAUAUUUUUGCUAAGGUUAAACAAUGUACUUUCAUUCAGGUUAAUAUAAAACAUUCACUCUGUGGUUGACGACAGCUUAUACUCAAGUUUAGUAGAAUGAUGGACUUCUCUAGGUGCCAUUCCUUCAGCUUUCACUCUUCAUGCAUGGGCAGAUUGUUGCUUAUGCUGGACUAAGGCCCUCAUUUGGAAGGAUUUGGGUAACUGCUCCCUUAAUACAGCAAUAAAGUCAGUCAUACACAGAUCAGCAAUUAUAUACGGAUAGGGCCCUGACCUAAGCUAUGAAGAACACUUUCUUUCCACAAACACCCCUUCUCUUCUGAUAGUUGUUGCCCUUUCUGCAGCAAUAUUGCAGCUCCUAUUAGCAGUGACACCUGCACUUUCAGCCUUUUAACAACCAUUCACUCAGAAAGGCCAGCAAAGGGCUCCAGGCCAAGGUCCAGGGAUCUUAAGGCAGAUGGAUCUAUAAACAGCACAGCUGAGGUCUCUGCACCAAGUAAUCCCUAAGCAAACCUUUGCAGGCUGAGCAAGUCUCAAGUUCUGCUUCAGAAACAUCACUUGUGAUGAGCAGGUGGCCCAGCAGCAGUUCAAAUUCAGCAUCCACUGCCAGAGAGACAGCUGUGCUGCAUCUUAUCUUUGGGGGUAGUGGUCUCUUAGCUGAAAAAGAAGAAAAGCUCAAAAGAAACCUUCAGAAGGACCAUAGAUGGACAUAACAUGGUGCUACAUUUAUCCAUCACACAAACCACCAUUGACAGCCUGAUGCCAAAGACAAGGAAAAACAAAGCCAACUAUGGUGGCUCAAGUUGUCCACAAAGCAGGAAAGCCAAGCCACAGCUAAGUUUGUAAGAGGGCAAGAGGAGCCAGGAGGACCUGCUCUCCAAACCUCAAAGGGAUUAGCAAUGGCCUCAAUCCCUCUUCAACUUCAUCUGGGUGAUUCACACAAUACCAAGGGCUUCCAACCAGGCCAUCAGCUCCAGACAGCCUGGGCCCAGAACGGGCCAGACAGAUCCACAUUUCUUCCUUCAGCCAGCAGGGCAGCCUGGUGCUCAGUAACAGAUGUCAUCAGCCUUUCCACGUGCCACAGUGGGGGCAAGAAGGCAGCAUGCAAUCAGCUUAGGUCCGUGCAGAGACUCCUGCGGGUAGUAAGCACACCACAGAGCAGUCUCCUAUGCGUGACCCUUCAAGCCCCCUGCAUAAAGAGCUUCAUCUCAGUCUCCUCACAGAGUCAGUUCCCCAUUUGUCAGAGAAAUAAAAGUUAAAGCCAGGUGAACCUGGCGUCACGCAGGCUAACAAACCCAACAUGCUCUUGCUGUUUUCUCAAGGAAAAUGCAUCCAGAUGUUCGGACCUCUCUAUCCAAACUGGCUUGUUUUGAAGCAUGUUUUACAUAAAACUGUUGCCAGCAUUUACUGCACCACAGAUGAGCUCACUGAAACCACCACAGUGGGAAAGGAGACAAGCACCUUCUGAGAAAGGCAGAUUAGCCAUAUGUUUACACCUGCAGCAAAGUGCUUAUUGUAACAUUACAAUAAGGCAGGCACACUGGAAUAGCAGCAUCCAUCAUCCCCCCAGGUAACAGUUGUCACAAGCACCAAAGAAAGGAGCAGAGAUAAAGUCAACUGAGUUCUUUGUACCACCCCAGAGCACUUUGUGCAGGAAGGAUUUGGGCAAUUAAAGAGUCUUUUAUCAGGAGGAAGAUGCAUUUAAUCGCAAUGACAUGCAGCAGUCAGAAGUCAAUGUCUCUGCCCUCUGCAUCUUUGCUGGCAUUUACAACAAGGUUAACUGUUCACCUAUACAUUCUAGGGAGUCCAUACCCUUGCAGAGCUUGCUGAGGCUCUGACAUCUUGUCCUGGUUUUGGCUGUGAUAGAGUUAAUUUUCUUCAGAGUAGCUAGUAUGGGGUUAUGUUUUGGAUUUGUGCUAAAAACAGCGGUGAUAAUGUGGAGAUGUUUUAGUUGUUGCUAAAUAGCGCUUACACUAGUCAAGGACUUUUUCAGGUCCCCGUGCUCUGCCAGGUGCACAAGCUCGGAGGGGACACAGCCGGCACAGCUGACCCCAACUAACCAAAGGGAUAUUCCAUACCAUAUUAUGUCAU